AUGUCGAGCACGUCGGCCAGAGGUCCUUCGGCCAAGCGGGACCAUCCCAAGUACAGCGAGAUGGUCGCCGCCGCCCUCAGGGCCCUCAAGGAGCGCAACGGGUCCUCUCGCCAAGCCAUCCUCAGGUUCAUCCUCGCUUCCUUCCAGGUCGGGGAUGAGAGGGCCGUCGGCGUGCACCUGAAGCAGGCGCUGAGGAGGGGCGUCGUCGGCGGGUCCCUGCAGCAGACCAAGGGCACUGGCGCCUCCGGCUCCUUCAAACUUUCGAAGGAGCUGAAGAAGGCUGCGCCCAGAAAGGACUCUACUGCAGCGAAGAAGCCCAUUUCUAAGACUGCAGCGAAGAAGCCCAUUUCUAAGACUGCAGCGAAGAAGCCCAUUUCUAAGACUGCAGCGAAGAAGCCCAUUUCUAAGACAGCAGCGAAGAAGCCCAUUUCUAAGACUGCAGCGAAGAAAUCCACUUCUAUGAUUGCACCGAAGAAGCCCACUUCUAAGACUGCAACAAAGAAACCCAACGCCACGACUGCAACAAAGAAACCCGGCGCAAAGAGCACACCAAACAACGGAGCAGCGAAGAAACCUAACUCUAGUUCUAAGUCUACAACAAAGAAAGUCCCCACUAGGAAUGCAACAAAGAAAGUCCCCACUAGGAAUGCAACAAAGAAAGCCAACGCAAAGAAUGGGAAGAAUUAA